AUGGAUUUCAACGCCCUUCGCGCACGGACGCUACGUUCCGGCAACGAUGAAGAGGCUGUUACUGUCAACACUAGAGCCCUAAUAGACAAGGUACUGGCUCGAUAUUCUGGCGAAUGGACCGUCUUGAGAGAACUCCUCCAGAAUGCAGCCGAUGCUUCCGCCACCAAAAUCACCAUCAAAUUCGAAACCGUGCCAUCCACCACGGUUCCAUUGCCCGCUGGUGCCUCUUCCGACUCAGCCCUCCUCAAGCACACCGUUCAGAACCAUACACUGAGACGUUUGGUAGUGACGAACAAUGGACAGCCCUUCAACGAAAAUGAUUGGAAUCGGCUCAAGAGGAUAGCCGAAGGAAAUCCAGAUGAGACGAAAAUUGGUGCCUUUGGCGUGGGUUUCUACUCUACGUUUGCCGACUGUGAGGAGCCUUUCAUAUCCUCGGGUGCAGAGGCUAUGGCUUUCUACUGGAAGAACAACUCUUUAUUUACACGACGCCUGCAACUCAGCGAGGCAGAAACUUCUCGAGAUACCAACUUUGUCCUCGACUAUCGAGACAAUACUUCACCUGUACCACCUCUUCUUCCUUUAGCGCAAUUCCUCGCAAACAGUUUAACCUUUGUCGGUCUGGAAAACAUAGAGUUGUGGAUAGACAACUGGAACGUACUGACCCUGAUGAAGAAGACAUCUCCUAGCUACGAAUUGGGCAUUCCACGAGAUAUUGAGCCAAAGACCAGCGAGGGUUUCAUGAAAGUAACAAAGGUUUCAAAGGAGAUUGCACAAAUAGAUGGGCAAUGGAUGGCUAUAAUAGGAUGGAAAGCCUCCAAAGACACUGGUUUGCGGUCCCAUGCCCAGGAUGCUGCUCCCUCAUUGCGGAAAUUCUUCUCCCGUCUGGCUGGCGUCGUGCCGGACGAAACUAAUCCAUCCUCGAGACCAGCCACACCCAUGGCGAAUGACUCGGAUGUUCUCGCCACAAAGUUUUCAGCCACUGUCUUCUUGAACGUCAACACUGCGACAAUCAAAACCUUCACUGGGCAGAAAUUCAACGACGAGUUGGAACGUGCCACAAAGAAGCCUCCUCCAAAGUACACAAAACUCGCCGUUUUGACAGCCCCUUAUAUUGAAGAUUCGAGUUUAGCCAAGGCAUCGGCAGCUGGCGAUGUCUUUGGGACCGUCCUACCAACAAAAGGGGGCAAGAUCUUUAUCGGCUUUCCCACUCAUCAAACCACCGGUCUUAGUGCUCAUAUUUCGGCUCCUUCUGUUAUACCUACAGUCGAACGUGAGUCGAUUGAUUUGAAUGCGAGAUAUGUAAGGACAUGGAACAUGGAAAUGCUCAGGGCUGCAGGCAUUGUAUGCAGGAUAGCAUGGUCUACAGAGAUGCAAGAGUUGCAAGAAAAGAUCCGGCGACAGGCGAGCGGCCGUACGAAGAUCCGCAUGGCCGAUGUGAAUCCUUUUCUAGACGAGGCGAUAACGAUAUUCAAGAAUUUCACUUACAAGGAGUCAACGCCAUCUGCUGCGAUUGGUCAGCUGCUUGAGGACGCCUUCUGGACUUGCAGUAAGAAGGCGUCAAUUGAGGUUGUCUCUACUUGUGGAGUCCUGCCCACUAAUGAUGUGCGAAUCGCUCCCAAAGACCUAACUUUCAUGGCGGGAAUUCCAAUUCUUCCAGAAAGACUAGCAACAGAAGCCAGUAAGCUGGUGGCAAAACUUGUGGACUUUGGCUUGAUCACCGAAGUGACGGUUUCUGAUAUCAAUCUUGCCCUUGAGUCAAGUCCUCUAUCAACCAUUCAAGUCGGCGAAUUUCUUGGAUGGCUGACAAAACAAUCAACGUGUGGACAACUUGAGAAAGUCACCAUCGCCAAUCUCUUGGCUGUCGCAGUGGUGAAUGACGAUGAGCCUGAGACUGACCGGGGCCAAAUUUUGCAACUUGGAGAUAUAAAGCACUUUCUAAAUCCUAGUCGAACACCAGUUGAUUUCCCUGUACCACCUUCUGUGAUGCCGUUCAAAUUCACAAAGAGUAUGAGCAAGCACGAAUUGGAGAGCAUAGGUUGGGAAGAACUUCAGAUCGUUCCUUGGAUGCGGUGGUUGAUCGCGGAAGCAGGCAAUCGUCAAAUUCUGCCAGAACAUCAAGAUGUCACUCGAUCGUCGGAUUUCAGUACACAACUUCUUCCCCUCCUUUCCAAGCAUUGGGACUCGCUGAGUCAAUCUUCCAAGUCGUCUCUGGUUGACCUUCUUAGCAAGCACACCAUUGUACCAACAAAGUUCGGAAUGAAAAAACCAGGUGACUCUUAUUUCCCGAAUGUCAAGCUUUUUGACGACCUGGCAACCAUAAAGGGGCUUUCCAACGUCAAGGACAAAUUCCUUAUCGCCAUUGGUGUGCGUAAAACUGUGGAGCUGGGGAUGGUGUUUGAGCGUCUUCUAGCAAAAGACUCAAGAGGUAGUCAUGUGGAUCUGAUACAAUAUCUUGCUUCUGUGCGCGAUGACAUCCCCGGUUCUGAAAUGCAGAAAUUGAUAAACACUCCUAUUUGCCCACGGCAGAUUAAAGGCAAAGAAGAAGAGGUUCCAGCAAAGCUAUACAAAGUUGCAGAGCUGUUCGAACCCCGACCUGAGCUCCGAGAUUUAAACCUACCCUGCCUAUCCUGGCCUGGGCUUUUUCGCAGCGGCAGUCCGGAAGGCAGGUUCCUGAGUAUUCUUGGUCUACGAACAGUUCCGACCGUCGAAGAACUCCUUUCCAUUCUGGCAAGUGCAGGGAAGAUGCCUCAACCAGACCUUGAUUUGAGAGACAGGGCUCUGGCUUACUUCCUGUCACACCAUCACUCCUCUGGAUACGGUGCAUAUGACUAUGCUAAGAUCACAGUACCAUUCCUCCCACUUGAGAACAACUCAAGCAAACUAGCCACGCCCUCUCAGUGCUUCAUUGAUGAUGGUGCAGCACUGCUUGGAUUCGACAUUCUGAAGCGCGAUUGGGUGCCUCAUGCCAUGAAAUUCGGGAUCCGCCAGAAUCCCCCAAUAGAGCUCUGCAUCAAUAUUCUGAGCAAGCGCCCUCCAACAAGGUAUGCGGAUGCCCGAAUCCUGUUCACUUACUUUGCCACCCGCCUUGGGGAGAUCACUGCUGCGAACAUGCCUCGAUUGAACGAAAUGAAUUUCAUACCAAUCUUCUCCAAAGGGAAAGAAAAAGCCGCCCCCAAACUUCACACUUCUCCUAGGAACUGUUUCCUUGGCGAAAGCGAUGUUUUUGGCGAAAUCUUCCAUUUCGUCGAUUUUGGAGUUGAAGCAAAUUCUUUCCUGGUUAAGUGUGGCUCCAAACAAGAGCCAUCCAAGGUAGAGAUUGCGCAGAUACUGGUCAGAGAACCAGCGCGUAUUUCCGCAAGCUUUCGCAAUGCCGAAAAAUAUCUGGCUCUUUUGCGUAGCAUGGCUGACAGCAUGAAGAUCUUGAAGAAGAAUAAGGAGCUUUUUGCAGAGAUGAAGCGGGCGCCAUUCUUGCUUGCAAGCAGAGAAAUUCCCGCUGCACAGGCGUCUAUUGACAAGUCUGCAGCACGAGAUGAAGACCAGGAGGCCUUGGACGACGAGGAUCUCCAAGGCAUUCGUGAAUACCAACUAUGUAGUGCACAGGAUGCUAUCAUCGUCGAUGAAUAUGUGGCUUACAACCUAUUCAAGACAGACAUACUCGCGGCGCCACAAGAAGAGAUUCUUGAGGAAUUCUACUACAGUUUAGGCUCACCAUUGUUGAGCUCCUUGGUUGAAGAGUUUUCGAAACAUGGACCCCGGGCACCAGACCAGGUACCCGCAGAUAGAUUGCGGAAACAAAUUCUUGAACGUUCGACUCUAUUCCUCCAUGAGCAAUCACCGGACACGAUCAAGCAUGAUGCGAAAUGGUUGGGAAAUAACCUCACAGUUCAAUUGGUCUCAACCAUAUCUCUCCGACGAUCUUUACGUGACCGCAACAUCAGCCACACUGAGAAGAGGUCGGCCGUUCUGAGUGGAACAAAUCGGCAAUUCACGCUCUGGAUUACUGCGAAGCCUGAUCUAUACCAGGUCAGCCAAUCACUCAUCCAUAUACUACUGACAAGACCCAAGAUCCACUCCGCCAUUACAUUUGAGAUGUUACUAAAGACGGACUUGCUUGAACUAAGAGCACGUGGCUUUAACGUGUCCCGCAUCCUACGCCAGAAGGCAGCCGAAGCACGACUGGCUGAGAAUAAACGCCAACAGCAACUCGAAGAGCAACGAAAACAGAUUGAGGAAGAAGAGAAGGCAUACGCAGCUUCUCACCAGAAUUCUUCGCAACAUCAACGACACGAGCUGCCCGGUGGCUUCCCAGAAUCUCCAAAUCAGCAUGCAGAGUCUAGCAAUAAGGCUGUGGUUGCUAGUGGUGAUGACAGUCGAUCAGGUCGAGGAAUAAUUUCCAAUCUUUCAAAGCAAUUCGGUUGGGGCAACCGCCAUGUUCAAUCGAUGUUGGGGAAUGAUAACGAGACUGGUCGUGGCCAACAACUCGCUGACUCGAAGAGUGGGCCACCGCCACCAUAUCAAUACAACCAGCAGGGUCCUAAGCCCCAGGAGGAUGGUGUUGUCGCACCCCAUCGUUUACGCGAAAAUCUUCUAAAUGCGGUCAAGAAAACUCGUCCUCACAACUCAUCGGAUAUUUUUAGUCGUGGCGAGACGAAUGUGCUAACAGAAACCAAGUCUUACUGCGAUGAGCAUCCUGCUCACGAACUUGUCUUCGUAGCAGACAUUAAGCAUGGUAUUCAGAUGUAUAUGGGAUCUGCAAACGAGGCAUCCGCCUUCCUACGCGAGCAUUCAGUUGGUCUUACAGCAUUUGCCACCCUCUUGAAUGCAGUGGGUGAUAUCUUCAAUCUCAAUCCACGAACGCUCAACAUCUUCAUGGAGCCUGCGGGCAAAACCAUUGCUUUCAACCGCAAUGGAAGUAUCUUCUGCAACUAUCGAUAUUAUCAUGAUCUUCACGAACGCACUGCUACGGGGAGAGGCACAGACUAUGCCGAGGCAUUUGUUUAUUGGUGGGUGAUUCUCUGUCACGAGCUGGCGCACAAUCUUGUUGCGGAUCAUAGCUCUGAUCACAGCUUCUACACGGAGGGAUUUGUGGCGCAAUAUUUUGGAAGAGUGAUGAGGGCUAUUGCACAGGCUGCACCUCCUCCACCAGAGCCACAGCGUUUGAUUGACAUAUGA